AUGUAUAAUAAGUUUUAACCAAUCAUUAUGGAUGACACUACCUUAGGAUCAAUUGAUUCAAAAAGUGUCAUGUUUCUUACAGCCAGUCCAUCAUAAUUCAAAACCAAAUCAUAAGUGGUACUUUCAAGAAAACUAUCAAAAUUGGAACCAUUAAUUAUCGAAAAAGACAAAAGAAAUGAUUCAAAUAGCCAAGAAAAGCGAUUAUCACAUGAUCUUGGGGCUAGUUAAGUUUUAGAUUGGAAAUCAUUCAUGUAGAAGGAUGCAGAAUACAUCAAAGAAUUCAAUGAAACUACAGAGAAGUUCAGACGAAGUUCAAUUUAAUCUUAAAAUUCACAAAUUUUCAUGUCUCCCUCAAUAACAGACAAGUUCAAUCACUCACAAUUUGAUGGAAGAAGAUCCUCAAUUAAUUUGAAGUCUCCUGAUAAUGACGACUUUCUCGAAAAAAUGAAAUUAGGAAAUAAACAGUUGCCAAAUUUAACAACCUCUGAAUUUAUGAAGUGCGUUAGAUAAAAAGAAAAAUUAACCGAAUAUGCUAAAGUUUAUUAACAAUCUCCACAAAACAUAUAUCUCAAGUUAAACAACUCUUAGAGUUUCGUACCUAAAACCUUUGGAUUAGUGACUACUUCUGGAAAUCAAUUGACUCAAGUAAAUGCAUCUAGAUAUCUGAGAAGCAUCGAUGAUUGUAAAGUGUAUGCUGAAGCUAUGACAACGACACAAUCACAAGGCAUCUAGAAGAUGUAAUUGAAUAGCAACAUUUAUGAUCCACGUUAGUUCAAAGAACUAUUGUCUAGCUUUCCUAAUACAGUAAGAGAGCUUGAAUUAAAAGAUUGCAAAUUAAAUUUUAAACAUGUAGACACUCUGAUGAGUUAUAUUAACAAGAAUCUGAUCUUAAAAUUGAAUUUGGAAUAGAAUUUACUCAGAGAUCAAGGUUGCAACAUGCUUAUGAAACAUCUAAUGAACAAUAACACAUUGUAGUGUUUAAAUCUCUGCAAUAAUAGAAUUACAGAGACUUCGAGCGUAGCCUUGAGUAAUUUCUUAAAAUAAUCCCAAAGACUCUUAGAACUAUAUCUAGGAUUUAAUAAUCUCUAAAUUAAUGGUAGCAUCUAAAUUUGGAAGGCCAUGUAUAAGAAUACAAGCAUUAAGAUAUUAGAUAUGUCUCAUAAUGCUAUUGCUUCUUUGGAAUGCGCAUAGGCUAUAGCCAAGGCAUUGUCUCGUUCUUACAAUGAAUUAGUUCACAUAGACAUAAGAUAUAAUAAGUUUAAUCAUCAACAGAGUCAAAUCAUUGCUGAAGGUCUGAUUAAAAAUGAAACUAUCUACGGAUUCCAUUUCGAAGGCAAUUAUUAAGACAUAAUAGUUAAUCCAAAUGGAUUUCUAAUUAAUAGAAAGGAGGAACUCAAAUUAAAACAAUAGAAAAUAGAUUUAUUAAAUAAGCAACCCUAAUAUUUUAAAUUAUUGGAUGAAGAAAAAUUAGAAAAUCCAAAUAAUUUGAAAACAGAUGAAGAUUUGUGUCUUGCCUAUCAUAGAAGUAGAAGAAUGAAAUCAACUGAACUAAACAAGUAAAAAGUAAACAUGAUAAAUAAAUUGGAUGUUUGUUGGAUAUGCGAAGGAUGGUAAGAAAUCAAAUUCUAAUGGAAUCAAAAAUCAGGAUCCUUGCGAUCUGAACCAAUCUUCAUCCACUUCGAUUUUGAUGACUAUAAACCCUAUUUAAUGACCUUUUUAAAUGGGGAAUUCUUCUUUGUAAAGAUGUGUCCUCCAAAUAGAUCAAUCAAAUACUUCUUUACUAAUCCAAUUCUUGGAAUCCAGUGCAUAGCAGAAGAUCAGAAUGUCUUAUAUUUGCAUUAGCCACUCCCUUCUAUCCCCUUUCUAUACAAUAAUGAGAUUUUAGUUGAUGGAAACACUAUGCAAAUGAUUAACGAAUUGAUAUCACACAGCAACUAAGUCUUAUUUGAUAGAUAUGUUCCCUUAGUUUAAGCAAAACCAAGAGAGAUGAUGGCUUUAUUUGAUUUUUCUCCUUAUUUGAAUAUUGCAUCCACGAAAUGGUCAGUUGAAACAUCGAUAUUCAGAUACUUUCCCCCUGAUACUGAUAAAUUAAUAGAGGAAUGCUUUGAAUUCGAUUAUCAAAAUUCAAAAAUCAAUAGAUUAGUAAAGGAAACUGAAUUACAGGAUGUCAAAGAAAUAUUAAAAUAAUUCUAUGUGCAAAUCUUCAAUUGUUACAAGUACUUUGCAUCAGGGAAUCCGACUGCUCCUAUCCCAUGUUUGGGACCAACUGAUUAUGUCGAGUUUUUAAUUUCCAAUGAUGUUAUUGAAGGAGUUAAACCAAAUGAUAUUGAUAUUGGAUUUACUUCAACAGCAGGUGCUAAGGAUGUCUCCUUCCCUUAGGCUUAUGAAAAAGGAAUAGUGAGAUGCUAAUUUAUGGAGGUACUAGUUCGAUUUUGUAAUGACAAAUAUAUCAGAAGUGGAUUGUGUUAAACUAUGAUUGAAGGAUUAACAUAAUUACAGUAAUAAUGCAGAGAGUUUUUGUCAAAGUUUGAUUCCACUUAGGCUUGGAGGAAGAUGAGGUUGUGGAAUGAAAAAUGCGAUAUACUUAUUCAUGACAGAAUGCCUAUGAUCAAGACUCUUUACAAAUAUACUUGUAAAUUGAGCAAGAAACCAUAGCAAUAUAAAUAUGAUUACGUUUCUCCCUAAGACUUUAAGGACUUAUUGAAAUAAUCGAGUAUUAUUUGUGAUGAAUUAACAGAAAGAGAAUGCUACCUUGCUUACUUAUAAAGCAUGAUAACUUAGAAAGAUGAAUUAUUUCAACCGAAACAUUAUCAAAUGAAUCUUUAUGAAUUUAUAGAAGCCAUUGCAAGAAUUGCUGAAAAAGUAUCAGUUAUUAGAGGUGACAAAAUAAUUGAAAUUGAAAACAGAAGAGCUCAGGAUUUGCAGGAUAAAAUCUCUGGAUUGCUUCUUUUAAUGUAUCUUACAUUGAUAGAUGAAAUUAAAAAGGCUUUGCCAAAUGAACCUGAUGUAAAACAUCUUGAAAAGUGUAUGAAUAAUGAUUUCAGAUCCAAAAAACAAAAGCUUGAGGACUCCUUCACUGAUGGAGAUGAACCUCCAUAUGAUGUUAAGGUUGAAUUACCUAUUUUAAUUGCGCAAGUUCCAAAUCUAUAAGGCAAUGCAAAUGGGCCUGCCAAAAGAAUGACUAUUCGUAAUAUCAAAUUGCUAAAGCCCUCUACUACCAAAUACUCUCUUACAAAUUUUGUACAAUUCUUUAUUAGCUUAAAUGAAAGAACCUGA